AUGCACUUUGGCCUAAAGUUCAGCGGCUGCUUCUGGCCGAGCCUUUUAUGGCUAACGUGGCUCAGCUACGAGGUCGGUGUCGGCAGCGCGCAGCCAUCAUUAACCGAGAAAAUUCCAUUAGGUGCUAUCUUUGAACAAGGCACUGAUGAGGUGCAGUCUGCCUUCAAAUAUGCGAUGCUCAAUCACAAUCUUAACGUCUCGUCCCGUCGAUUCGAGCUUCAGGCCUAUGUGGACGUCAUCAAUACAGCGGACGCGUUCAAGCUAUCUCGACUCAUCUGCAAUCAGUUCUCUCGAGGAGUGUACUCCAUGUUGGGGGCCGUGUCGCCGGACUCUUUCGAUACGCUACACUCUUACUCCAACACAUUUCAGAUGCCUUUUGUGACGCCCUGGUUUCCGGAGAAAGUGCUUACGCCAUCGUCUGGCUUCCUCGACUUUGCCCUGAGCAUGCGUCCGGAUUAUCAUCAGGCUAUCAUUGAUACAAUACAAUUUUAUGGAUGGCGCAAAAUAAUUUAUCUCUACGAUUCCCACGAUGGUCUGCUGCGUCUACAGCAAAUCUACCAGGGCCUCAAGCCGGGCAACGAGUCCUUUCAGGUGGAGUUGGUGAAGCGAAUCUCCAAUGUCAGCAUGGCCAUUGAGUUCCUUCACACGCUGGAGCAAAUCGGACGCUUCACAAAUAAACACAUCGUCCUGGACUGCCCCACCGAAAUGGCCAAACAAAUUCUAAUACAACAUGUGCGCGAUUUGCGACUAGGUCGUCGCACCUAUCACUAUCUGCUGAGUGGUCUGGUCAUGGACGAUCGCUGGGAGAGUGAGAUAAUCGAAUUUGGUGCCAUUAACAUUACGGGCUUUCGCAUUGUGGACACAAAUCGGCGGUUAGUGCGUGAAUUCUACGACAGUUGGAAGCGCUUGGACCCACAAACUAGCGUCGGUGCUGGUCGUGAAUCGAUUUCGGCCCAGGCAGCGCUCAUGUACGAUGCGGUGUUCGUGCUGGUCGAGGCAUUCAACAAAAUUCUACGCAAGAAGCCGGAUCAAUUUAGGAAUAAUGUACAGCGCCGCAGUCAGACGCUGAUGGUGGCCGCGGCAUCAACGGCCAGCGAGGGUUACAACAGCAGCGACGGCAUGGCUGCCGGAAAUGGGCCGUCAGGUGGUUCACUGGCUGGAAAUGCCGGAGGCGGAGGGCCGGCGCCACGCGCGUUGGACUGUAACACGGCCAAGGGUUGGGUAAACGCCUGGGAGCAUGGCGAUAAAAUAUCGCGUUAUUUGAGAAAGGUUGAAAUCGAGGGUCUUACUGGCGAUAUCAAAUUCAACGAUGAUGGCCGGCGCGUUAAUUAUACUCUGCACGUGGUCGAGAUGACGGUAAACAGCGCUAUGGUUAAGGUGGCCGAGUGGAGCGACGAUGCCGGUCUGCAGCCUUUGAAUGCCAAGUACGUACGUUUGCGGCCACAUGUGGAGUUCGAGAAGAAUCGUACCUAUGUAGUCACAACCGUUCUGGAGGAGCCGUACAUUAUGCUAAAGCAGCCUGCCUUUGGCGAGCAGCUGAAGGGCAAUGAACGCUUCGAGGGCUACUGCAAGGAUCUCGCUGAGCUCCUGGCCAAAAAGCUGGGUAUCAAUUACGAACUCCGCCUGGUGAAGGAUGGCAACUAUGGCUCAGAGAAUCCGGCCGCCCAUGGCGGCUGGGAUGGCAUGGUGGGAGAGCUGGUCCGCAAGGAAGCGGAUAUUGCGAUUGCCGCCAUGACGAUUACGGCCGAACGCGAACGUGUCAUCGACUUUAGUAAGCCAUUCAUGUCUCUUGGAAUUUCCAUUAUGAUUAAGAAGCCGGUGAAGCAAACACCCGGCGUCUUCAGCUUCAUGAAUCCAUUAUCACAGGAAAUUUGGGUGAGCGUCAUAUUCAGCUACAUCGGUGUGAGCAUCGUGCUGUUCUUCGUCUCCCGCUUCUCCCCCUACGAAUGGCGUCUGGUGCAGCAGCCCCAGCCAUCCCAGACGUUGACAGAUCCACAUGCACAUCACGAACAGCUCGCCAAUCAGCAGCCGCCUGGCAUCAUCGGCGGCGCCCCACCACCACCACCCGGCCCGCCAACGCCGGGGGCGCAAUCGGCAGCCGGUGCAGCGGCCUUACAUGCAGCACUCUCGGCCGGCAGUGUCGCCUCUGGUGCAGGAGGCGCCUCUAAUGCAGCCGUCAAUGAGUUCAGCAUUCUCAACUCGUUCUGGUUCUCGUUGGCCGCUUUCAUGCAGCAGGGCUGCGAUCUUUCGCCCCGCUCUGUUUCGGGACGCAUUGCCACUGCCGUUUGGUGGUUUUUCACUCUCAUACUCAUCUCAUCAUACACGGCCAAUUUGGCUGCAUUCCUGACGGUCGAGCGCAUGGUGACGCCGAUCAAUUCGCCGGAGGACUUGGCUAUGCAAACGGAAGUCCAGUACGGUACACUUCUACAUGGAUCCACGUGGGAUUUCUUCAGACGCUCACAAAUCGGACUACACAACAAGAUGUGGGAGUAUAUGAACUCACGAAAGCACGUCUUCGUGAAUACCUACGAUGAGGGCAUAAGACGCGUGCGAACCUCGAAGGGAAAGUAUGCCCUGCUCGUGGAGUCGCCAAAAAAUGAAUAUGUAAACGCUCGGGAACCCUGCGACACAAUGAAAGUGGGCCGUAAUCUGGAUACAAAGGGAUUUGGCAUAGCCACGCCGCUUGGAUCCGCGCUCAAAGAUCCAAUUAAUCUGGCUGUGCUGUCGCUAAAGGAGAACGGCGAGCUGAUCAAACUACGCAACAAAUGGUGGUAUGACAAGACAGAAUGCAAUCCCAACAAGGACAAUCAGGAGGCGUCACAUAACGAACUGUCGUUGAGCAAUGUGGCCGGCAUCUUCUACAUACUCAUCGGUGGUCUAAUGGUUGCCGUGUUCGUGGCCAUCAUUGAAUUCUGCUUUCGCAGCAAGUCCUCGACAACUGCCAGCGGCACAAGUGGCAUCGGGCCGAGUGGCAGUUCCAAAAGCAAUGGCUCCAUGAUGCUGGGCUCGUCCAGCGCUGUGCCCGUCGUGGUGGCAUCAACACAUCAAAGAAACCCGCUGACGGACAGCAUGCAUGCCAAGGCGAAAUUGACCAUUCAGGCGAGUCGCGACUACGACAAUGGACGUGUGGGGUAUCUCAAUUGCGCCUCAUUGCAGUAUUAUCCACCCGCCCAGUUGGCUGCAACACCACCCGAUGGCGGCGAGGCUCUGCACAUGACCGCACAUGGUCAGGUUUGACACGAACACGCGCAGGAUUCGCGCCUUUGACGAACACCCUGCGCACCCACUAUUCGGCGCAUAAUGGCCAGCAGCCGGCAGGAGACUGAGAAGAUGAUGGGUGGCGGCAAUCACGAGGCCAGUCUCACACUCUCACCCAGCAGCCAGAGCUCAACCUUGAUGCGCCAUUCAUCCGAUAGCAACCACCCCUAUGCAAAGUGAGCUCCAAACUGAAGCGAUGUGCAUGCAAAAGGUGUAGGCAAGUAAGUACGCGUAAGUAAGUAAGCCAAUGGUAGUCUAGGCUUAGGACUUAUCGUAGACUAUUCCUAGUUAGUUACACUAAGAAGGCCGCGUUCCAUAAUGCUCAAAACAUGCGAACUGAAUGCAACUGUUCAAGCACUUUAGAUUAUCGCCUAAAUUUUAAGGAAGUUGUAUUUAUUUCGU